ACCCUUUCCUCUCGCCUCCUCCUCCUCCUUCCUCCCUCCCUCUCAUGCGUCCACAUUCCCUCUCAAUUUAACGCAACCAUGCCCUUCAUCGAUACCACAAAAGACCUAUCGGCUCUAUUCUCUCGUCAAGUGAAAGCGACCCCCAACGCGGUAGCCCUCGAGGAUGACAAGACCACUUUCACAUACGCGGAGCUCGAUCGCGAGGUCGACUGCCUCUCCCGCCGCCUCCGCACAUAUGGAGUGAGCCGAGAUACGCUGGUGGGCGUGCUGUUGCCAAGAAGUGCCGAUUAUGUGAUUGCCUGCUUGGCCGCCUUGCGGGCGGGAGGCGCCUUUCUCGUCCUGGAGCUGGCCUACCCGCCAGAGCUGCUGGCUGACGUGAUUGAGGACGGCAACCCAGCGGUCGUGAUCACUCACCGGGCGGAAGUGGGCAAGAUCAAGAGUAAUGUGCCGUUGAUCGUCCUGGACGAGCCGGCCGCACAUGCAAAUGGUCACGCGACCGAGCCGGCUCCUCUGCCCGCCGACGAUGAUUUGGACCGACUGGCAUUUGUCUCCUACUCGUCUGGCACUACAGGCAAGCCCAAGGGCAUUGCCAACCCCCACCGAGCUCCAGUGCUUUCCUAUGAUUUGCGAUUCGGGGUUCAGGACCUGCAGCCCGGCGACCGUGUUGCCUGCAAUGUCUUCUUCAUCUGGGAGAUCCUGCGGCCGCUGUUGCGAGGGGCCACCGUGGUGACAGUGCCGGACGACGCGAGCUACGAUCCUGCAGCAUUGGUCGACUUGCUGGCAGCGAGGAAGAUUACAGAGACCCUGAUGACGCCCACCUUGCUGGCGACCGUGCUGCAGCGUCAUCCCCACAUCGACGAACGUCUUCCCGAGCUCCGCACGUUGUGGCUGAAUGGGGAAGUGGUCACGACGGAUUUGGCUCGUCGCGCGAUCAAGGCUCUCCCGCAGACUCGUCUACUUAACUGCUACAGUGCAUGCGAGACGCAUGAAAUCGCCUGUGGGGAUAUUCGGGAGAUCCUUGAUGAGGAAGCGACAUACUGCCCGGUCGGUCCGCCUCUAGAUCCAAAGCAGAUUUACAUUCUGGACGAGAGUGGCCAACCGGUCGAUGCGGGAGUCAGUGGGGAGCUAUUUGUGGCCGGGCCACUGCUCGCCCGUGGAUACCUCAAUUUGCCCGAGACCACCGCCAAAGCGUUCUCUCCCAACCCCUUCGAUACACAGCCCGGAUCUCGCCUCUACCGCACCGGUGAUUUGGCCCGGCUGCUGCCCUCGGGACUCCUCGAAAUUACCGGUCGCGUGGGAUCCAUGAUCAAGUUGCGAGGAUAUUCCGUGGUGCCAGCCAAGGUCGAAAGCGAGAUUGUCAAGAAUCUCGCGGUCGGUCACUGUGCGGUCGUCGCUCAUGGCGAGGGUUUGGAACGACAGCUAGUAGCCUAUAUCGUGCCAGACAGGAAUGCUGCCGGUCGGCCGACGGUUGAGGUCAACGAAGCCGGGUACAGCCCUGCGGCGCGUCGCAUUCUGGCGCAGUCCCUUGCGCACUACAUGAUUCCCGCUUUGUGGGUCGAAUUGCCGGAACUCCCCACCCAUGAUGUGACGGGCAAGGUUGACCUCAAGCGCUUGCCUCCCCCCAAGACUGAUGUUCAUACCAACGGUAACGGCAAAGCGGCGGAUCAAGAUCCGAUCACUCUGGACCAGGUCGCAGCCUGCUGGGCUGCAGCUCUCAAGACAUCCAAGACUCUUCUCACUGCCACGGAUGACUUCUUCGACCUAGGAGGUCACUCCUUGUCACUUGCCGACCUUUCUUCACGCCUGUCUCGGCACUUUGGCUUUCGGGUCCCUAUUACUCGACUGGCGGAGACCACAACCCUGGCUGGCCACUUGGAGACCGUCCGUGCGAUUCGGGACGGACACACAGCCGCAGUGCAAGCUGAUCUUCCAGCUGUUCUGCGUGCAGACGCUACUCUCGACGAUGACAUCCGACCUACGAACCCUGCCACGGUUUGCUCCCUUGACAAAGCCAACACCGUCCUUCUGACGGGUGUGACUGGUUUUCUCGGUGCUUUUCUCCUGCACGAUCUGCUGGAAAGCACCUCCGCCCAGAUUAUUUGUCUGGUGCGGUUUAAUGAGCCUGCGAAUGAUGAUCAGCCCGGGGGCGUGGCACGCAUUCGCCGGAACCUUCUUGAUCUCGGCUUGUGGCGCGAUUCCGUGAUGGAGCGUGUGGAGAUUUUGCCAGGAAACCUUUCUCGCACACGUUUUGGUCUUUCAACGAAGGCGUUCGAUGAGCUGGCUGCUCGUGUCGAGGUGAUUGUGCAUGCUGCGGCUACCGUCAACCUCGUGUACCCCUAUGCCGCCCUGCGCGGGCCCAACGUGGGUGGUACGCGUGAGAUUCUUCGGUUGGCGAGCAAGAGUGGCGCCACAGUGCAGUACGUCUCCACGAACGGGGUACUGCCCGCCUCGGGCGAGAAAGGCUGGCCGGAGGACACGUUGUUGGAUGUGGAGGAUGUUCCGACCAAAUUGCUCGAUGGAUACGGACAAACUAAGUGGGUCGCGGAGCAGCUCGUUCUCGAGGCCGGCCGUCGCGGUCUGCCCGUGAAGGUCCACCGUGCCGGCACGAUCAGUGGACAUAGUACUACCGGUGCUGCCAACGCAUGGGAUCUUCUCUCCGCCUUGAUUGUGGAAUCGAUCAAGUUGGGCUACGCCCCUGAAGUUCAAGGUUGGCGCGCGGAGAUGACUCCGGUGGACUUCGUUAGCAAGGCCAUCGUCCAUCUAGCCACUCAGACUCAUGCUGAGCAGACGAUUUUCCAUCUGGGUGACCCCAAGCCCGUGGACACGCGCGAUGUGUUUGCUGCUCUGAACGAGCUGGGCUACCCCACAAAGCCUCUUGGCUGGGAUGAAUGGGUUACCCUGUGGAACGAGAAGCGCAGUAACGUCAAGGGUGGUGACGGUGGGUUCACCGUGGAUAUCCUCCGCAGUGGUAUGCCUACUGUAGAAUUUCUGCGGGACAUUGUCGUGCUGGAUAACGCGGCCACCCGACCGUUCCGGACAUGCGUGGAACGGCCGAAGGUGGACAAGGCGCUGCUCGAGACCUACACCCGUCACUGGUUUGCCAGAGGAUGGCUGUCAAAGCCUCCUGUGCGCCAGCAGGCGCUGAACGGAACUGCGAAGCUGGUCAGAGGUCCGCUUAGCGGCCGUGUGGCUGUUGUCACCGGCGCGUCGUCCGGCAUUGGUGCAGCAGUGGCUACUGCUCUUGCACGCGAAGGUUGCCAUGUUGCUCUUGCCGCUCGUCGUGUGGAAGCUCUCGAGUCGUUGCAGAAGCAGCUGGCAGCCCAUGGAGGCAAGAUUAUUGCUAAAAAGACAGAUGUCACGAACAAGGCACAGGUGGACGCCUUGUUCCACGAUGCCACCCAGGAACUCGGCCCUAUCGACAUCCUCGUCUCCUGUGCGGGUGUCAUGUACUUCACCAUGAUGGCUAAUGUGCAGACGGAUGAAUGGGAGCGGACGGUAGAUGUGAACUGCAAGGGUCUCCUGCACUGCCUGUCGGCUACGGUCCCGGGCAUGCUGUCCCGCGGCGCCGGACACAUCGUGGCCAUUUCCUCAGAUGCCGGUCGGAAGGUGUUCCCGGGUCUGGGCGUGUACUCAGCUAGCAAGUUCUUCGUGGAGGCUACUCUGCAGUCUUUGCGUCUGGAGACUGCCGGAACAGGGUUGCGAGUAACGAGUGUGCAGCCUGGCAACGUUGCCACGGAUCUAUUGGGGAUGAGUACAGACGCGGAAGCGCUUAAGAAGUAUGGCGAGCCGUCGGGGGCGGAGGUUUUGGCUCCGGAGGAUAUCGCCAAUUCGAUUGUGUAUGCGCUGCGUCAGCCCGCACAUGUUUCUGUUAAUGAGGUGUUGAUCGAGCCCCGGGAUGAGCCGAUUUAAUGGGUCAAUGUUGAUAGACUAUAGACAUGCAUGAGUGAUGUAAUGAAGGUUUCUCGUUUUGCC